AUGACUCCUUCAUGGAUUGUGUUGUUCGCCGCGAUGUUAUUCGCCGCUGAAUACGCGGCCGGAAAUUUAAUAAGAGGUAAAAGUGAUGGGGCCUUCUUCUCAACUAAAGAUGUACCGGUUCCCCUUGAUGACGUCAAUGGCAACAAUUUGAGUAUUCCAGUAGAGCCACCAACAGAUACUGCGCUCGAAAGCUCUACAAAGAAAUGUGUUGAAAUAGGAUCUUUUUGCAUGAAUCACUCCGACUGUUGUACUUUCGCGUGCCUUGGCUUCUUGAAGAAAUGCGUAUCGGGUUCCGGAUAG